AUUAUUGAUUCACUGUUACUUGGUCGAUAACACUGUUGAUUAACUAUAUUUUUUUAUGGCUUCUAAACAGUCAAUAACGUUGUCACUAUUUGUUGUAAACAUUCAUUCUCAGAUGCAAUUCAUAAACUGUGUUAUAGAUGCUCCAAUUAUCUCAGACAAUUUGACGUUAACAGUUUUUGCUAACUUAUUUAUACCGUACAUGAUUUUUGUCUCAAAGCUUUCUUUGUAAUAUGUUUCCUCCAAAUUCAGGAAAGGGAAAAGGGUAAUAUGUUACUUUUCUGCUGGAACGAAAGAAGAUUGGCGAAAUGAUGCCGGCAAGUUUCCAUCCGAUGGACUUGGGGUUCCUAAUAAGGACUGGAAAGGCGAGACAUGGGUUGACAUAAGAAAUAGUCAAGUUAGACGUAUAAUGAGGGAUCGGAUUGCUCAUGCAAAAUCUCGCCAUUGUGAUGGUGUAGAUCCGGAUAAUGUUGAUGGAUGGGCACAGAAUCAAGCAGGACUCCAUUUAACAUCAGAUAAUCAAUUGGACUAUAACAGAUAUUUAGCGAGAGAGGCACACGGCUAUGGUUUAGCUAUCGGACUGAAGAACGAUGUAAGCCAACUUGAUGACCUGGUUGGCGACUUUGACUUUGCCAUUAACGAAUCCUGUAUGGAUUAUGAUCACGAGUGUGACCGGUACAAACCAUUUUUUGAUGCUAGAAAGCCGGUGUUUCACAUCCAAUAUGUUAGUUCUACGACAGAAGGUCAUCAAAAGCAACACGAAAUAUGCUCAUCGUCAAAACGACCUCAUAACAUGAAUACUUUAAUUAAGCAUGGGAUGGUAAACUGGAAAAUUGGUUGUUAAUUUUUUUCAAGUAAAGAUCAUCUUCGUGG